CCAUUUUACAUUAAUUAAUAGGUCCUUUGUAAUUUUGUAUAGAUUGACGUAACAAUGGGUGAAGGAGUCUCAUCUUCUUCAAAGAAAUCCAGGAAACCCGAUUAUUCAAGGUUUACCCAACAAGAGCUUCCUGCUUGCAAGCCAAUUUUAACUCCUCAAUGGGUUGUCACGGUGUUUAUCUUCCUUGGAAUCGUCUUCAUUCCUAUAGGCCUUGCCUCAUUGUCUGCAUCAGAAAGAGUAGUGGAAAUUGUACACCGUUAUGAUGAGCAUUGUGUUCCUACAAAUUAUACACAAUCAGACCUUUCAUAUCAUGAUAGGAUUGCAUUUAUCAAAAAUGAUAAGUCAAAUAAAACCUGUAUCAGAACCUUGACAGUUCCUAAGAAAAUGAAGCAUCCUAUCUAUGUUUAUUAUCAGCUUGAUAACUUCUACCAGAAUCAUCGCCGAUAUGUAAAAAGCAGAAACGACGAGCAAUUGCGUGACCCAAAUUUUAAGGGCGACUUAAAAAAGACUUGUGCUCCUGAAGACAUGAAUGGAAAUGGACCUGUGAUUCCCUGUGGGCUUAUCGCUUGGAGUUUGUUCAAUGAUACAUAUAGUUUUUCAAUUAAGGACAAAGCUUUACCAAUCAAUAGGAAGAACAUUUCAUGGCCAAGUGAUAGAAAUCACAAAUUUGGAUCAAAAGUUUUCCCUAAAAAUUUCCAGAAAGGAAGUUUAAUUGGGGGUGGAACACUUAACGAGAGCAUACCUAUGAGUGAGCAAGAGGAUCUUCAGGUUUGGUUGCGAACUGCGGCAUUACCAGUAUUCAGAAAGUUAUAUGGGAAGCUGGAGCAUGAUCUUGAAGCUAAUGAAAACAUUACUGUAGUAAUACAAAACAAUUACAACACAUAUACGUUUGAGGGUAAAAAGUCCUUGGUUCUUUCGACCACAACAUGGAUUGGUGGAAAGAAUAAGUUCCUAGGCAUUGCAUACUUGACUGUUGGUGGAAUUUGCUUAUUCGUGGCAAUAAUUUUCAUACUUAUGUAUGUCAUCAAACCAAGGCCAUUCGGUGAUCCAGCCUAUUUGUCAUGGAACUUGAAUCCUACAGGGAACUGA